AUGUACCUCGGCUCGGAGGAAGCCUUAGCGGAGGGUAUCGAAAUGAAGGAUGGUCCGACCCCACAUGACGGCAAGAAGUUUACCAUCCUCGUGGCCAACCAUACUAAUAAGGACAUAACCAUCCGGAAAGGAACCCCAAUGGGUCGAGUCGAGCCGUACGAACACAUGACGGUCGACCAAAAGGCCCGGGUCCGACUUACCCAAGAAGGUGACGAAGACCCGGCAACCGUCGAAGAACAAAAGAAAGCCAUCAACUCCAUGAAGCUCGGUGAGAACGUAACCGAUGAGCAGCGACAAGUUCUACGGGACAUCGCAUGGGAGUAUCGGCUCGUCUUUCCAACCUCAAAACGACCCUACGGUGACGUCAAGGGAGUCACCCACGUCAUCGACGUCCAAGGUGCAAAGCCUAUAAAGUUGAACCCAACUAGAACUAGUUGGAAGGGUCGCGAGUUCAUCUCCAAACACGUCCAAGAGAUGCUGGACCAAGGAGUGAUUGAACCCUCCGACGCAGCAUGGAGCUUCCCCGUGGUCUUGGCAGCCAAGAAGAACCCGGACGGCUCCGUCGGAACCAGGUUCUGCAUCAACUACAUUAAGUUGAACGCAGUAACCAAGAAGAACAACUACCCUCUUCCGAACCCGGACGAGCUGCUGGACAAGUGCGCCGGGAUGGAGUACUACGGCAAGAUGCAUGUCGAUAAGAUAACCGCAAAAGCCCGCAGGAAAGGUGUUUUCGCGUACAUCGAUGACAUCAUCUUCUUCGGCCGGACCUUCGAAAAACUCAAAGAAGCCUUCCGAGCCACCCUGGACUGCCUACUUGAGGCCGGGUUCACCAUUAAACCCUCGAAGUGCGAGGUUGGAACGGACAAGUUACCCUUCCUCGGACAUGUCCUUAGCAAAGCCGGAGUCCAGACUGACGACGAGAAAGUAGCGGCUAUUGCACAACACCAACCCCCGCGAACUGAACGCCAAUUGCGGUCGUUCCUCGGGUUGGCCAACUACUACCGGAAGUUCAUCCGCAACUACGCUCAACGGACAUCGAAGAUGUAUGAACUCCUUCGGAAGACUAAUUCCAUCCGGACAGACUGGACGGAUGACCAUACAGCAAAGUUCAACGGCAUUAAAGAGGCUCUAACUACAGCCCCGGUACUCGCAAAGUUCGACCCGACCAAUAAGACGGUAAUCGAGUGCAAUGCCAGUGGAGCCGGACUUGGCGCGGUGUUGUCUCAAGACGGACACCCCGUAGCAUUUGCCAGCCGAGUUCUCCAUGGAGCCGAGAAGAACUACGGAGUCACCGAAUGGGAAUGCCUAGCCGUAGUUUGGGCCGUCCAGAAGUUUAAACACUUCAUUGACCAUGGACCCUUCACCGUCAGAACGGAUCACCGAGCCUUACAGAACCGGAUGCGCUGUGAGUCCAAUAGACCCGGCAUCAACCCCCGGUUAACACGGUGGGCUCUGGCUCUGCAAGAGCUGGACCAGGUACCCAACUUCGAAGACUUCAAGGAUGAGAUCAAAAUAAGGUCCCUCCGGGUACAACGACACGAAAUGAAGGAGAAGAGCCGAAGACAUCCGGACCUCAUACUCGAGCCCGGAGGCUGGACGGAUGAGGCUAAAGUAAGGUCUCUCCGAGUGGCAGCUGAAUGGAGGCAGACCACAAAUAUGUGUCGCCCCGUUCCGAAAGUAACUCCGCUGCCCGGAUGUAAGGUCAUCUCGGACUGGAACGACCUGUCCACCCCAUACGUACGGGUAAUCAACGUAGUCGUACCGGACGGUCCGGGCUCACAAGGCGAGCCGAGGGUUGGAACCGCAAAGGUACGGACUACCGAGGUUAACGGACCGGAGGCUCCGGGUUCACAAGGCGAACCCGAGGAUGAAGAGGAAAAGCCGAUGGAAUCCAACAAGGAGUUACGUAGACUACAACUCCGGGACCCUCACCUCCGGAAGAAGAUCGACGAACUGGAAAACCAGGACCAGCUCGACCAUAAGUCCCCACUGCUGGAACAUUACCAGAUGAGCGUAGGUCUACUGUACCGGCUGACCACCCACAACACCAAGUUGGAACGACGGUUCGUGGUCCCGCUCUUUAUGCGAAAAGGCAUCAUCCGAGCACUUCACGACGGAAAAACCGGCAACCACUUCGGCCGCGUGAAGACACUGGAGGCCGCGAAGCUUCGGUACUACUGGGACCGGAUGCUAUCCGAUAUUCACGAUUACGUGGAUAACUGCCCUCGGUGUACCUUGGUGAACAAACCCCGGACUAAACCACCCGGUAAACUCCAGAAGAUGGAAGUAGGUGAACCAUGGUUUCGAAUUUACGCGGACUUCAAAGGACCCUUACCCCGCACCGAGUCGAAAGGCUACCAGUACAUCGCGGUCGUCACCGACCAGUUCACCAAGUUCACCAUAGCCCAAGCAACCAAGACUAACUCGGCAAAAGAGUUCGAAAAGUUCUUUGUGGAGGACGUGGUCCUGAAAUAUGGCAUACCGACCCACCUUCACACCGACCAAGGAUCCCACUUUACGGCUAAGACCUUCGCCAAAGUCGCCAGGAUCUUCGGGAUCGAGCAUACCUUCGGAACAGCCUACCACCCAGAGGGUCAAGGCCAAGUCGAACAUUCCAUGCAGACGAUAUGGGAUGGAAUUCGGAAGGAAUGCGACGCCAAGGAUGGUCACCGAUGGCACCGGAACCUACAGUACGUAGUAUGCGGAAUCAACCGAGCCAAACAUGCGACCACCGGGUUCUCACCCUACUACAUGUUGUACGGACGUGAGAUGACCAUACCCCAGGACGUCAUCACCGGAACCAAUGCACCGGAACACUACACUGAUAAGGAACAAUACAUCAGGAGGAUGAAGGAACGGCUCCAGAGGGCUCACGACAUCGCGAAGACGAACAUCGACGAAGCCUUCCAGAAAGCAGCCGAACUCUACAACAAGAAGAAAUCCGUACCGGACUUCCAGAAGAGAGACCUCGUCCUGGUAGAGUAUCUCAAUAAGGAUCCUACCAGGAAGGAACGGUACGAUGGAGUAUGGACGAUGCAAGCAUCAUCCGAGCAACAAGCGUCGGCGGAUCACCCGAUCUUCUGGAAGUCCGUACCGGACUUCCAGAAGAGAGACCUCGUCCUGGUAGAGUAUCUCAAUAAGGAUCCUACCAGGAAGGAACGGUACGAUGGAGUAUGGACGGUACUCGACUAUACUGGACCCAACAACCUUUGGCUCCGCAACGUCGAAACCGCAAAGGAAGACGUUGUCGCCGUGGAUAGAUGCAAGCAUCAUCCGAGCAACAAGCGUCGGCGGAUCACCCGAUCUUAUGGCCAGAAGAAAGCCGAGGUAACCCCGGGUAACAGCCCUGCAACGGUGCCGUACCCCCAUGAGGGUCAGCCCGCUCGCAAUACCCGGGUCCGAAAGGCGAAUCCAGCCGAAGAGAAGCCGAAGGAACCGCCAAAGGAGCCUCAGAAACUGGACUUAACGCCGGUUCAGGACCCCAAUAAGGGUUCGCCCGACAAAUUAAGUCCAGUGGAACCCCCCAGACCAAAAGGAAAACGUGGCCGACCGAGGAAGAAGCCUCCGUCGGACUUCGAGACACCAGCCCUGCAAGAAUUGCAGAAGCAGGCUGUGAUAGAGGAUGAACCCGAGGCCGUCCCGGAGAAGCCCAAGGACUUAGCCGGAUCAUCCGAGGCUAACCCGGAGAAGUCAGUGGACUUAGCCGUAGAACCCGAGGCUACCUUAACCAAGCCUAAGGAGCCUAAGGCACCGAAGGAGAAGCCGGUAAAAGCGAAGAAACCGGUGAAGAAGCGACCUGACACACCGGUCCCGGCAGUUUCAACCGAUAAGGCGGUUGAACCCCCGGCUCCAAAGCGGAAGUACGGGACGGUUAAGAAGCCGAGGUUAACGGCUCAGGAGGUACUUGAAGAAGCUCAAGUGGCCGAAGAUGAAGCACACAAGGAUAUCCUCGACAGGAUUGCUGAAGGACGGCCAGAACCGGUCAAAUCGACCAAACCCACAAAGAAGCCCAAAACAUCAAAACCCACCACACCACAAACAUAG